AUGACGUGGUGUUCGUGCACGGGGCGGCAGCGACUCCUCUCAAGUUGGUGUCUGCCAUGACGGAGCACGGGAAGGCCGCCCAGCUCUCGAACGUCCGUGUCUGCCACAUCCACACCGAAGGCCCGGCAUCUUACACGAAGCCUGACUGCGAGGGCAUCUUCCGGAGUAACUCUUUCUUCAUCGGGUCCAACUGCCGAGAAGCCGUCAACGAUGGUCGGGCCGACUGCGUGCCCAUCUUCCUCUCAGAGAUCCCGCUGCUCUUCCACCGGAGAAUCAUCAACAUCGACGUCGCUCUCGUGCAGGUGUCGCCCCCAGACAAGCACGGCUUCUGUUCCCUGGGCACGAGUGUUGAUUGCGCCCGGGCAGCUGUCAUCAACGCGAAGUAUAUUAUUGGGCAGGUCAACCCUUGUAUGCCGCGGACCUUCGGCGACGGCGUAAUCCAUAAGAGCCAUUUUGAUGCGAUGGUGGAUGGGAUCGACAACCUUCCGGAGCACAAACCCAAGAAGCGGACCGAGGUCGAGAAUGAAAUCGGUCGCCUCAUCGCCGAUAACCUGGUGGACAACGGAGCCACGCUGCAGAUGGGCAUCGGCAACAUCCCUGACGCCGUCCUGGCCUCCCUCAAGGGCCACAAGGACUUGGGCAUCCACUCGGAAAUGUUCAGCGACGGCGUGGUAGACCUGGUAGAGGCCGGCUGCAUCACCAACACCCACAAGAAAUACCACCCGGGCAAGAUCGUCGGCAGCUUCAUCGUCGGCACCCGGAGGCUCUUCGACUUCGUGGAUAACAAUCCCUUCGUCAUGAUGUGCGACGUGUCCUUCGUGAACAACAUCCCCAUCAUCGCCCAGAACCCGAAGGUGACGGCCAUCAACUCCUGCAUCGAAGUUGACUUGACGGGCCAGGUCGUGUCCGAUUCCAUAGGUACCCGGAUGUACUCAGGUGUGGGCGGCCAGGUGGACUUCAUAAGAGGCGCGGCUGUUGGGCGGGACGGGCAGGGCAAGCCUAUCCUAGCCAUGCCCUCCACCACGUCGAGGGGAGAGUCCAAGAUCGUCCCAUUCCUGAAGCAAGGUGGAGGCGUGGUGACGACGCGAGCUCACCUCCACUACCUGGUGACCGAGUGGGGCAUCGCGUACCUCUUCGGGAAGAACCUGAGACAGAGAGCUUACGCCCUCAUCCAGAUUGCCCACCCCGACCACAGAGAGGCCCUCGAGCAGGCGUCGUUUGAGAGGCUGAAGUGCAUGCCGUCGCCAGAGUAGAAGGGGUGGGAGGGAGUUGCUUCUGGUGUGAGAGAGGAGGUCGUGUUUGUGCUGGAGGGUGAGGUGAUAAGCAUAAUGUAGGGGAUUAUCCAGGGAUGAAUAUUUAUAGAUUACACCCAGACGCUGAGACAGAGGCAAAGACAGACACACUUACAGACACACAGACACACACACGUAUAGACACACUGCCACAAAUAUACAUAUUACAUAUAUAUGAUUUAUAACAUAAUCUUGAUUUGUGAUAUGCCAUGAGUGUGAAUUCUAGUCUCCAGACGUAAUUCCAAUAGAAAUGGUACCGAUUUCUGCAAAACAGUUUUCAGCAUAAUGAGAACACUCCGUAGAAUUAACUACAGCAUGUUCAUUACGUAGAGAUGCAAUACAAAGUCACAACAUAUCCUGAUCUGUUGUAUUAGUGGUUCUUAACGGCUUUUACUCCAACUACAGUAGAAGAAUUAAAGACAAAAAUAUAAAUUAGUUUACAUUAUAUUUCUUGUUAUGGAGUGAUCCAUUAGAUACUCGUUUCAAUACAGAGAAAUAAGUAUUUGUCUAAAGAAUACAUAAAAUAAAGUGUAUACAUAGGUUAUUUCCGAGACAGACAUCUGUCAAAGAUCGGAUUUUUUGUUUUCUUCAUAUUGAGGAAAAUAUAGCAUAUGGAUGUUCAUUAGUGUAUAAUUAGUUCAUCGUAAUGGCCGGUUUAAUGUUUGCCAAUAGUUUAUAACUUCAGGAAGGGCUCAGUCGGUAGCAAAAUCUAUGUCAAAAGUCGUACUGGUUAUGAUAAAAUAUGUGCUAUCGAUUACUCUGCCAUCUGCCGGUGGGCGUGUUGCCACUCGACAAUAUUCGACCCGGAACCAAAUACCUCAGUGUUAUGUAUCAUUUAUUAUUUCUAUCAAAUCAAUUUUCAUAAAUGAUUUACGCGUCUUUGAUCGCCAAGGAAGUUAAUCGGUUAAGGAUUUCCUAAAAUGAUGGUUAAUGUUUAUUUUUAUUUUUUUUAGUGUAGGGUUAAUGUUUCUUUUUAUU